AAAUAUGUCUUCUCUCUGUCAUAACUAAAUAAUAAUGUGCAAUAACCUAUAUAAUAAUACAAGAUCCUUGCAACGUAAUGUUUACAUGUCACAAAAGUGAAUACAGGGCGAUAAAUCUUAUAAAAUGAGUGAAAUAUCAAUAUUAUCUACGAUAAAAUGCAAUCAACAAGCCAUUCGCGCUGUCCGGUUUAAUGUAGACGGAACAUAUUGCCUCACUUGUGGCUCCGACAAGAAAAUUAAACUCUGGAACCCGCAUCGCGAACUGUUGCUAAAAACCUACGGAGGACAUGCAAACGAAGUACUAGACGCGGCAGGUUCUUGCGACAGUAGUCAUAUAAUAUCGUGCAGUGCUGACAAAUCAGCAAUUUUAUGGGAUGUAACAACAGGACAACCCAUUAGAAGAUACCGCGGCCAUGCCAGUUCAGUGACCUGCAUAAAAUUCAAUGAAGAAUCUUCAAUGGCGGUUUCUGGAUCCAUAGAUAACACCGUAGCCUUUUGGGACAUCAUGAGCCGAAGGAACGAACCCGUACUGGUUUUAAAAGACGCUAAAGAUAGUAUAACCUCAAUUCAAGUCACAGAUCACGAAAUUUUAACAUGUUCUGUCGAUAAUCAUGUGAGAUUAUACGAUAUUAGGAUGGCGAAAAUGAUUUCUGAUUAUAUAGGUCAUAUUAUUACAUACGGCAGUAUGACUAGGGAUGGGCAAUGCUAUGUUUUGAGUUGUAAUGAUAAUACGAUAAAAUUGUUCGACAAGGAUUCUGGAGAAAUUUUAAAUACUUUCAAGGGUCAUGAAUGCAGGGAUUUACGUCUAGAAAAUGCUGUUAAUGAAAAAGACAGCUUGAUUAUCUCCGGCUCUGCUACUGGAGAGGUGUUCUAUUACGAUUUGAUUAGUUCAAAUGUGAGUCAAAAGUUGGUACAUGGUCCUAAACCUGUCGUAUCAUUAAGCCACCAUCCUACAGAUUGUUAUCUUCUUACCGCAAGUGAAAAUGAAAUAAAGCUAUGGGGCACAAAAAAAAUGGAAUUAUAAAUGUCAUAAACGAGAUUGUUCUAUGUCCACUUUUUUUACAUUUAUUAUUUAGACACAUAUACUGGAUGUAAUAUUAUCUUUUAAUUAUUAGAUACAUAUAAAAUAAGUAAUAUAAAAAGUAAAACAAUAGAUGUUGUUUCUUAUUAUUCAAUUAUGAUUUUAACUCUAUACAUUUAUAUUACCUCUAUCUACUACUUCGCUUUAUCAGGAGUAUAAUCACAAGCCAUAACGUAAUUUGUAAAAAAAUGUCUAAGAUAGUCCAAAUAAAAUAUACAACUGACGAAACUAUGGUGAAUGUUUUUAAACUUCAAUUCUAAAGAUUUUAUUGUAUCUACCCUAUAAGGUUUAGAGAUAUAAUAAAACAUAUUGACUA